AUGAAUGAUCUCCUCCAGACAUCACAACAGUAUUCUCGACCAGGAGACCUCCUCAUUGGUGGCAUCACCUCUCAGUUCUUCUCCAUUUCAGACCCUGUCACUUUCAAGGAGCAUCCCAAACGAAAUCUUUUCCAUGAAUCUUUUGCAGUGCCCAAGAAUUACCAGCAUGUCUUGUCCUUGGUCUUUGCCUUAGAAGAGAUUAACGAGAAUCUCCAGAUCUUACCAAACCUAACACUGGGGUUCUCCAUCUAUGACAGCUACUUUGAUGCAAGGAUGGCUUUUCGAAAUACCUUGAACCUUCUGUUUAAUCAGAAUAGGACUAUCCCCAACUACAACUGUGGCAUCUGGAAGAACCUCAUAGCUGUCAUUGGAGGCUUGGACUCCGAAAUCUCCCUUCACAUGGCUACUCUCUUAGGCAUCUACAAGAUUGCUCAGCUAGCAAUCAAAGAAAGUUGUGCUGAACUAUAUGACCAAAGCUUAAAUACUCUAUUGAAAUCUACAAGCAAUUCAGACAAACUUCAGGAGCAAUCUUUGAGAGACACCGAACAAAACUGCAAGCAAGAGGAUCCUCCUCUAACCUAUGGGAAGAUGCCCUGUAACAAGAAAAACACACCAAAAAAGGAAACUAAACCUCUUAUGGAACUAUGUUUUAUAGAACCAAAGAGACAGAUGCCUAAAGGAACAACCAAACCUCUGAAGCAAAAGUCAUCUCAGAAAGAAAAGAAGAUGGAAAAUACCCAACCAAGCAUUACUUCAAGCUACACAUUGCAACCCUUAAAGCAAUUGUAUGCAGUACACAAGGGGAAAAGACAUAGAGACAAGAUCCUUUUGAAGAGAAGAUACCAGACAAAAAAACCCACUAAGCUUUAUGUCACAUAUUGCUUAUUUGCUCCUGCAAUGAGUGAGGUAAUUCAACUCUCUCCUUUGUAUAGAGUUGUCCCCAGUGAAGAGCACCAGUACACUGGGAUUGUCCAGCUUCUUCUGCAUUUCCAUUGGAACUGGAUCGCCAUCAUUGCAAUAAAUGACGAUAAAGGAGAAAGGUUUGUGCAGACUUUAGCACACAAGUUUUCCCAGAAUGGCAUCUGUAUAGCCUUCAUGGAAAGAAUACCGAUCUACAAAAACACAUUUGAGAUAUAUGAAAUGCUAGAACUCUUUCAGAAUGUAACAGUUCUCUUAACUAAGACUACUGUUAACGUAUGUAUUGUAAAUGCAGACUCUCAAAAUAUGAGCGCUUUGCAGUUGGCACUGAAUAUGUUUGAUCCAGAUACCAUGACACCUAUAGGCAAAGUAUGGGUUAUGACAGCCCAUUUUGAUUUCUCAUCGCAGCUGCAUCAUAGAGAUCUAGGCAUACAGGUCUUCCAUGGUGCCUUAUCGUUUGCAGUUCAUCUAAUUGAAAUUCAAGGAUUCCCAGAGUUUCUCAGGAGCCUAAAUCCACAUACUGAGGAAGAUGGUUUCAUCAGGACCUUCUGGCAACAGGCCUUUGACUGUGUAUUUCCAGAUACUGAUGUGGAGAAUGAGGCUGUGAAUAGCUGCACUGGGGAAGAGAAGCUGGAGAGCCUUCCUGGGCCUUUUUUCGAAAUGAGUAUGACAGGCCAAAGUUACAGUAUCUACAAUGCUGUCUAUGCCGUGGCACAUGCUUUACAUGCCAUGAUUUUGUCCAGAACCAAAUAUAGAACCAUGACAGAUGGAAACAAGCUGCAGCCUCCAAAGCCACAGACAUUUCAGCUUCAUCAUUUUUUGAGGAAACUCUCCUUUAACAACAGUGCCGGUGAAAAGUUUUGUUUUGAUGAGAAUGGCGAAUUAGCGGGUGGCUUUGAUGUUAUAAACUGGGUGACCUUCCCAAAUAAAUCCUUCUUACGAGUGAAAAUUGGGAGAAUGGAUCCCCAAGCACUACCGGGAAGACAGUUGUCUAUGAAUGACCCAAUAAUAACAUGGCACAACACAUUUAAUCAGGUACCCCGUGCUGUGUGUAAUGACAACUGCCCUCCAGGUUACAGCAGAAAAAGAAAAGAAGGAGAACAAUUUUGCUGCUAUGAUUGUGCUCCAUGUCCAGAAGGGAAGAUCUCAGACCAAGAAGAUAUGGAUGACUGUACCAAAUGCCCAGAAGAUAAGUAUCCAAAUCCAAAUCAAAAUGAAUGUCUUCAAAAGCAUCUCCAUUUCCUGUCUUAUGGUGAACCUCUGGGCAGGAGUUUGGCUGUUUGUGCUCUGUCUCUUUCUCUGACCACAGCUGUGGUACUUGGGAUCUUUGUAAAGCACCGGAACACUCCCAUCGUCAAAGCCAACAACAGAGAACUCUCCUAUGUUCUGCUUGUCUCCCUCCUGCUCUGCUUCCUCUGCUCCUUGCUGUUCAUUGGCCGACCUCACUUUCUCACCUGUCUUCUACGCCAGACAGCUUUUGGCGUCAUCUUCACAGUGGCCAUUUCUUCUUUGUUGACAAAAACCAUCAUUGUGGUCUUGGCUUUCAUGGCCUCUAAACCAGGAUCAAAGAUGAAGAAGGGGAUCGGGAAAAGCUUUGCUUUCUCUGCUGUUUCUACUUGUUCAUUCAUUCAAAUGUGUCUUUGCCUGGUUUGCCUCUGCUAUGACCCCCCAUUCCCAAAUGUUGACAUGAACUCUUUGGCUGAAGAAAUCAUAGUGGAAUGCAAUGAAGGGUCUGCCAACAUACUUUACUAUGUUCUGGGCUACAUAGGAUUUCUCUCUCUUACCAGCUUCUUUGCAGCUUACUUUGCUCGGAAGCUGCCUGACUCUUUUAAUGAAGCCAAGUUUAUCACUUUCAGCAUGUUGGUGUUUUGCAUUGUGUGGGUGUCUUUUGUUCCAACAUAUUUAGGUAUCAAAGGGAAAUAUAUGACAGCUGUAGAGAUCUUCUCCAUCUUGGCCUCUGGACUUGGUUUACUGGGAUGUAUUUUUUCUCCCAAAUGUUAUAUAAUUGUCCUGAGGCCUGAAUUAAACAGUAAAGAGUGUCUAAUAAGGAGAAAUGAGUAA